GGGGGGGGGUGUGAUGCUGUCCCGGAAGAAGACGCGCGCCGAGCUCUCCAAACCGGGCGAGGUGCAGGGCAAGUACGUGAUCAAGGAGACCAGCCCGCUGCUCCGCAAUCUUAUGCCUUCUUUCAUCCGUCAUGGUCCAACCAUUCCAAGACGCACGGAUAUCUGCCUUCCGGACCCAAGCCCUUCUGCCUACCCCGCGGGUGGGGAUGGAGCGAUUUCCAGGAACCAGAGCUUCCUUAGGACUCCGGUGCAAAGGCCGCCCCACGAGAUAAUGAGGCGGGAAAGCAACCGGCUCUCUGCCCCUUCCUUUCUUGCCAGGGCUGAGGUCUCACGAGAAUAUGGCUCGUCUUCCCAGCCCUUUUUGGCAGAAGCCAACUUGGUCACAGAAAAUGGAGAUGCUGGAUCCCGUUAUUAUUAUGACCCUUUCUAUAACGGUCAGAGGCGGCACCCGCUGGGAGAUCCUGUGCCGGAGGAGUACCGAUACUAUGAACAGAACAAUGACCUCUUCCAAAGGAUGUCGCAGAAUCAGGGAAGACACACUUCAGGCAUUGGAAGGAUAGCUGCUACAUCAUUAGGAAACCUGACCAACCACAGUUCAGAAGACUUGCCCCUCCCUCCCGGCUGGUCAGUGGACUGGACACUUAGAGGAAGAAAAUACUACAUAGACCACAACACUAACACGACGCACUGGAGCCAUCCCCUCGAGCGCGAGGGGCUGCCUCCGGGAUGGGAGCGCGUGGAGUCAGCCGAGUUCGGAGUCUACUACGUUGACCACAUCAAUAAGAGAGCACAGUACAAACACCCCUGUGCCCCCAGUGUUCCCCGUUACGACCAGCCACCUCCUGUGUCUUAUCAACCGCAGCAAGGCGAGAGAAGCCAGCCGAUCCUCGUGCCUGCCAACCCGUACCACACCGCAGAGAUUCCAGACUGGCUGCAGGUCUACGCCAGGGCACCUGUCAAGUACGAUCACAUCUUGAAGUGGGAACUCUUCCAACUGGCCGACCUGGACACCUACCAGGGCAUGCUGAAGCUGCUUUUCAUGAAGGAACUGGAGAGGAUAGUGAAGCUGUACGAAGCGUACCGCCAGGCUCUCCUCUCGGAGCUGGACAGCCGGAAGCUGAGGCAGCAGUGGUACGCCCAGCAGCACAGCAAGAACUUCUGAACUCGCUUCCGGCUCGUUGGGC